AUGCUCUCUGAGGAGAACUUUGUGUUACUUUGUGUUAUUGAUGAUUGGGUCUAUGGUGAGGAUAAUGGUUUCUUCCUGUUGGAGGGUCAGAGGUUAAUUUACUCUCUUCUUCUUUUACAGCUUUCUUUUGCAGCUACAACUCCUGUCCUGGCAGACAGGAAAAAAUAUCCAAAUUUCUUCAGGACCGUCCCAUCAGACAAUGCUGUGAACCCUGCUGUGGUGAAGUUUCUCAACUAUUACAACUGGAGCAGAGUGGGAACCCUGACCCAGGAUGUCCAGCGCUUUUCUGAGGUGCGGAAUGAUUUGACCAAUGAGCUGGAGAAGGCAGACAUCCAGAUUGCAGACACUGAGAGUUUCUCUAAUGAUCCUUGUGUGAAUGUGAAAAAGCUGAAGGAUAAUGAUGUUCGGAUCAUCAUCGGUCAGUUUGAUGAGAAUCUGGCCUCUAAAGUCUUCUGCUGUGCCUACAACCUGAACAUGUAUGGCAGUAAGUACCAGUGGAUCAUCCCAGGAUGGUACCAGGGGAACUGGUGGGAACAGGCGAACUCCACAAACUGCACCACUAAGAAGCUGCUGACAGCCAUGGAGGGCUAUAUCAGUGUGGACUUUGAGCCUCUCAGUGCCAAAAAGAUUAAAGGAAUAUCAGGAAGAACGCCACAGGAGUACGAGAGGGAGUACAACCGCGAGCGAGAGCAGAAAGGAGUGGAGGCCAGCAAGUUCCACGGCUUUGCCUACGAUGGCAUCUGGGUGAUUGCGAAGACCCUCACACGCGUCAUGGAGCUGCUAAGACACAAGGACAGGCACGACAUGUACCACAACUUUACGGUGGAUGACCGCGAGGUGGGCAAAAUGGUCCUGGACGUGAUGAACGAAACCAACUUCUUUGGGGUGACGGGUCAGGUGAUGUUCAGGAACGGGGAACGUAUGGGAACCAUAAAAUUCACCCAGUUUCAAGAGGGUCAAGAGGUGAAGGUGGGCGAGUACAAUGCCAUUGCAGAUGUACUGGACCUCAUCAACAACACCAUCAGGUUCCAAGGUGUUGAGCCGCCCAAGGAUCGGACGUUUGUGCGUCUGCAGCGCCGGCAAAUAAAUGUCCCCCUCUACAGCAUCCUGUCUACCAUCACUAUCCUGGGCAUGCUCAUGGCAGGAGCCUUUCUCUUCUUUAACAUCAAAAACCGCAACCACAGGCUGAUCAAAAUGUCGAGUCCCUAUAUGAACAACCUGAUCAUUCUGGGGGGCUUGCUGUCAUAUGCCUCCAUUUUCCUCUUUGGUCUGGAUGGAUCUUUUGUGUCAGACAAGGAAUUUGAGACCCUCUGUACUGUCCGUACAUGGAUCCUGAUUGUGGGUUACACAACAGCGUUUGGCGCCAUGUUUGCAAAGACCUGGAGAGUGCACGCUAUCUUCAAGAAUGUAAAGAUGAAGAAAAAGAUUAUCAAGGACCAGAAGCUCUUUAUCAUCGUGGGUGGGAUGUUGCUGAUUGAUUUGUGCAUCCUCAUAUGCUGGCAGAUCGUGGAUCCCCUGAAAAGAACUGUGGAAGAGUACAGCUUGGAGGCGGAUCCUCAGGGACGAGACAUUGCAAUCCGGCCCUUCCUGGAGCACUGCGAGAACACGCACAUGACCAUUUGGCUAGGGAUUGUCUAUGCCUACAAAGGCCUCCUUAUGCUCUUCGGAUGUUUCUUGGCCUGGGAGACCAGAAACGUGAGCAUUCCAGCCCUGAACGACAGCAAGUACAUCGGUAUGAGUGUGUAUAAUGUGGGCAUCAUGUGUAUCAUUGGAGCAGCGGUGUCCUUCCUGACCCGGGAUCAGCCUAAUGUGCAGUUCUGCAUAGUGGCACUGGUCAUCAUCUUCUGCAGCACCAUCACGCUGUGUCUGGUUUUUGUGCCAAAAUUUGUCACAAUGCGCACAAACCCGGAUGCUGCCACACAGAACCGGAGGUUAAAGUUCACCCAAAACCAGAAGAAGGAAGAUUCCAAGACGUCCACCUCAGUAACCAGUGUAAACCAGGCCAACACUUGCCGUCUUGACGGAUUGCAGUCAGACAACCACCGCCUCCGAAUGAAAAUUACAGAGCUGGAUAAGGAACUGGAAGAGGUUACCAUGCAACUCCAGGACACUCCAGAAAAGACUCCAUACAUUAAACAAAACCACUACCAAGAUGUCAACAAUAUCCUGAGCAUACGCAACUUCACUGACGGCAAAGAUGGAGAGAAAUCUCUGAAGAACCACUUAGAGCAGAAACCCCAGGCUCAGUGGGGAUCCAUGGAUCCUUCAAGGAUAAGCAGAGGUCAACUAGAAGACAUCAACUCACCAGAACACAUACAGCGCAGGCUGUCCCUGCAGCUGCCUAUCCUGCAUCACGCCUAUCUGCCCUCCAUAGGAGGGGUGGACGCGAGCUGCAGCAGUCCCACGAGCAGCCCGUCCUCCAGCCCACACCACAGACACAUGCCCCCCUCCUACAGGGUCAUGGUGUCCGGCCUGUGAGGACCACCACCUGCCCUGCACUCCGAGGAAGCGAUCAGCUUUUUUAUUUUAAGACAGACUGAGCAAUAUCAGCGGUUAACAGAAGCGUGUGAGCGACCCAGGGGGUUCCAACUCUUCAUGCAUUCGUGACCCCCCCCUCCCACCAUCCAUGGCCACAUCAGAACGGAACUGAUCUUUCAGGCUAGGAGGGAGGUGACCGGAGGUCCUCACAUGGCAACCCAACCCAGACUCCCAUCCUCUCGGUCCUGUCACCUCCCGUUCCUAACUAGAUGGACUUAAUGCCCCCUUAAACAGCAGUGCGGCUCAACGCAGGACAGGAGCUAAAGCCUUACCUGAAUAAAAGAGACGUUUCCACCAGCAGCCUUUCCACGAUAUCCGUGCACAUCGGUUCUGCUGGAACUUGCGGGAAAUGUGCAGCAUAUGUGACCGAGGACUCCAGCUCUUUAUUCACCACAUCAACAGCCAUGUAAAUACCAUAUUCGAACAUCAAAGUGAGCUUUGAGUAUGCUGUGAAAUGAAUUGUUCUGAUGAUGCCUGGUGCUCGGAGAACUUUACAAAGUCAACGAACCAGGAAGAGACAUGUACGCUGUUGCAACGGGUAUGAAUUUGUUGUAUUGCUUCAGUGUCCCAAUGAUGUGAAAAAGUGGUUAAUGGUAAAGAAGACUAUUAGCAUCUCAAUUUUUUCUAAAACAACAAGGGAGUGUUUGAGGGUAACGUGGGCCAACUCACCUGGAUAGAUGUUUACCGCACAUUGUUUUUCUUUAAAAACAGCUAGCAUCAUGUAGGCCUGUCAAGGUAUCGAAAGUACUACUUUGAUUUAUCGUAAGUAAUGUCACGUAAGAGGUUGCACUCGUGCAUCCUCAAAGAGCCACAGGUCCAGCCAAGAGGUACAGAGACAAAACGGGCGUUUUUAGAGGGUCAGUCUUCCAUUACAGCCGAGCGAGUUGAUCCUGCAUAUCGGGACUGAAACACGCAGAUGCAGCCCUAUGCUUGGGAUGUACGAUAGCCGUCACGUGACCGGCUGUUACAGAACAAGAAGACUCACAAAUUGCGAUAAUAACAGGGAAGGGGGUACUCCACGCGGAGCAAAACCAAAAUAUCCUCACAGAAAGCUGCGAGGUUACACAAAAGAAAUGGUCCACACAGCAAGACAAAAGAACGAUAUUGUAUUAAACAGCAGGACUGAAAAAUUAGCACAAGUGUAAUUAACUUAAUAAGAGCAAGUCACGUAUGAACAAAGCCUCAUUUUGACUUUGCGGAGCGGUCUCUUAGUUUACCCGCCCUCUGUUUAUUUCUUGCCUUUUUUGUUUGUUUUUGUUGAUUAAAAACCCAACAUGUUUGUGAAUCCUCUAUGGUUGUAGCUUGGGGUAAAAGGGCUUGGUUGGAGGGCACAUGUUUGCCCGUUCCAGGGGAGAAAUGGCAGAAAGGUCCGCAGUCCCUAGUAUCAAAGUGACAUUGUGAAAUACAUCACCUAGCUCUUAGCAACAGUGAAAUGACCUCAUAGUUGCUAUAGAAAUGUUACUGUGUACAGUUAACUUUGCACAAUGUCUUACAGAGAUAGGGAACAUCAGCUAGAGCUGGUGGAAAUAUGAAUUAUUGGAAAUAAGCUACGUUUCAUCCAUAUUAAAGGCAAGAGUUUGUUUCUGCUGAUAUCUCACCGUCUGUGUCUUGGUUAUAGUUUCUGUCAGAUUUGUUACUGUAACGUGUGUGUCUUACUGGAGCCUGAUGGACCGAAUUGUGUCAACUGGGUGACAGAAACAGUGACUGCACAUAUGAUCCAUAUGAAGCCAAUGCAUCCAGAAUUUCUUUAACUUGUGAAUUCCUUCCAUAUGUCUGUUAUCUAGUGAUAACGCAAUAUUCAUGGAUAUAUAGUUUAAACUUUUGGGGAAUGCAGGAGGAGAUUGAAAAACAACAGAGGUGCAUUUACUAACAGCAGUUGUCAUAGUACCGCACGCUCACUAAUAAAUCCCGAUAACAAAGACCUUUAAAUACAACACAAACAGAUACGCAAAAAUCCCACAAUGCCACGGCAGACUGUCUUAGUACGACGGCCACAACCUAGACUGACUACUAAUUUCAAUUGCACAAUGAGUUUUUCAGUACAGGGUGGCAAUUGUCUACAUUUUGACUACAAUCAGCUCUUAUUUCCAAGUUCAUUUGAACAUUGUUUAUUCUUCAAUGUUUUUAUAUGUUGUUUGGCAUGUUCAGCAGUCAGUAUCCAACAAUAU